GGUUAUGUCAUAUAAUUAAGCCAGUUAUACUGUCCCCACAUCAUGACGACUUCUACAGAAGAUUUUAUUACCGCCCGUGUGAAAGCGGCAGUGGAGGCCUCUCAGGAAGAGAUUGUUUCAAAAAUGAGUUCCGUCAUUUCGCACAAGCUGGACAGUUUCGAACAUAGAAUGAGUGACUGUUCCGAGGCCCAUUUUUCCAAGUUACAGCAAAAUAUUUUAUGUGGGGAGCCACACAAAUUUUCCAGGAAAAGCUGUGAAGAUCAGCACAAAUUCAAUGUGAAAGUUCGAGCCAAGUUAAUGGAGGCGGAACAUUUAUCCACGACGGAACCACUAGCGUCGAAGGCUAAAAUUUUGGAAGGUAUUGGCCUAAUAGACUAUAGACAGAAACUUGUUAAACUAGCCGACACUUCAGAUUGUGGAUGGAAAGCUGUUGACGAAUAUAUUGCGAAUCCUAUCGCUUCCGAUUCGGACGAUGAGCGCAAGAUGGAUCGCGCCAGAGCCAGGGCCAACAGAAAGGCCAAGGAUUCAAAACUAAAAGCCAAUAAGGGAAGAGGUCGUUACACCCCUUAUAGCGACCAACGUCUUCGAUCCAAUAAUGCCACAGGGAAUACCCAGGACGGUUUCAGAGGAGGUCCCCAAAGGAGUGCUAUUAGCAGGCCGGGGAGCUGUUUUGCCUGUGGGAAGUUCGGACACUGGCGUGUCGAUUGUCCUGCCCUGGCGGGAGGAACAGUGACGUCUGGCAGUAUUAAGGCAUAGGAUUAUAUACCACAAUCGACCAAGCGAUUAAGGACUCGGGCGUUGUAGAAGGUUCUUCACUGCAUAAACACGUCGUCGGUUUAAAGAGCAGGAUACUUCAGUGCAAGAGUGACAGCACGAACUAUAAAUACUUCGGUGCUUUUAAACGAUGGGAGCGUUUCAUAACAGCGCAGGGAUUUCCGGCAGUACCAGCCAAUUCCAUACACAUAUGUUUGUACCUGAACAGCUUAUUAACUAAAGGAUCCUCAUUUGCAGUGGUUUCUUCGGCAGUGUAUGCUAUCAAGUGGGCUCAUAGCUUGAACGGAUUGUCGGAUCCAACAACAAACAUUUUUGUAAAAAAUCUUUUAGAAGCUUCAAAACGCAUAGCGAAGAAACCUGUGUGUAAAAAGGACUCUGUUACCAGUGGCAUUUUGAUUAGGCUUUGUGACAUUUUUUCAGAAUCUAGCGACUUGUUAGUUGUCAGGGAUUUAACCAUGAUUUUGCUUAGCUUUUCAGGAUUUUUGCGCUAUAACGAGCUCAGCAAUUUGCAUUGUUCAGAUGUUAAGCUAUCGGAGAGCUAUUUCACACUUGUAGUCCGUAAGAGUAAAACGGACCAAUAUCGGUUCGGCAGUGAGAUUGUUAUCAGUAAGGGUGAAACUACGGCGUGUCCGUACGCCAUGUUGAUGAGAUAUAUUCGUAUAGCUCGCACUGACAUCGAGUCAGAUGAUUUCUUGUUUAAACCAAUUUACAGAUCGGGCGCAGUUUGUGGUUUGAUUCACAAAAAUAAACCGCUCAGUUACACGGGAGCUAAGGAAGCUAUCCUGAAACGGCUGAAUUUGGUUUCGGAGGGAAAGAAUUUCGGUUUACAUUCUUUGAGAUCAGGAGGGGCCAGCAUGGCGGCCAACAAUGGCGUUAAUGAUCGCUGUUUUAAGCGCCACGGGCGUUGGCGUAGUGAGUCUAGCAAGGACGGAUACAUCGCUGAUUCUAUCGAGAGACGGUUAAAUGUGACGCAAAAAUUAGGUAUCUGAAAUCAAAAUAUAUACAGGCAGUUAAACGUGACGCCUAAUGUUUUAUACAUCGCGUGUGUUGUAUACGACGUAUUCACUUAGUUAUUUAGGAUAACUAUACACGUUUGAUAUAUAUAUUUUUUUUCUACUCGUACUUUCCCCUUUCUUUGUGAUUCCUAUACACGGCGGGCUAGUCGGCAAAUGGAAUUUGCGUGUUUGGUGUUGUAUUAGUAUAGAGGAGACUUAAAUAUUCCCGCGUUUCGCUUAGUAAAGCGGGAAUAAUUUGUCUCUGUCGGCACGUAAAUGCAGGUGUUGCACGUGCCUUGACGUCACAGUGGUUCACGUGUAUCGAGUAUACAGUGUGCGUGUCAUUCCUAGCCGCCGCGCCGUACUGUACGGUUAUGUCAUAUAAUUUUUCUGUGUAGUUAUAUGAUUUCUAGUGUCAAUGCUGUCACAGUAGUUCAUAUUUGUCUGGCCUAUAAAUCCAGCAUAUGAAAUCUUAAGCAUUGAGGGCUGGUGCACCUCCUGCUCUCCCGUAAGACAGGAGUUUCAGGUUGGGUGGCUCGCUUGAUUUUACAUAGGCCAUAUAGGGUUAAAAGUUCAGGCUAAUUUUAGGUCAAUGUUAUCAUAGGGAUGAUUUCGGUGUUCCUUUAGAUUUGGCUAUUCAUUUCGCAUCAAUGUAUUUGUAUCAUAUGAAAUUGGCAUGAAUUUUGCUUUUCUGAAUAAAUUCCGGCUUCCUAUACACGGCGGGCUAGUCGGCAAAUGGAA